AUGAAGCAACAGAAUACAAAUAAUAAUUCAUCAAAUGAUUUAGCUUUAUCACAUUCAUUUUCUCGUCGACAAAUGACAAUGAUGAAUUCAUAUCUUGAUUCAUCAAUAUCUUCUGAAUUAACAAAACCAACAUCAACAUUAACAAAUGCAUGUUGUCUUCAUUGUGGAAAAUAUUAUUGUCAAAUUGAUUUUAUAUUUUCAUGGCUUUCACGUUAUGGUAAUUCAAAUGAUCAACAACAUGUUGUUCAUCAACGUAUACAAGAUAUGAUUUCAAAACGUUUACCUUCAUUAGAUCCACAAAAUAUUUGUGAACAACGUUUACUUGAUUGGUAUAAUUCAAUGAAAAAAAAUUUUCAAAAUGAAUCAAUUCAAUUUUCAACAUCAGCUAGUUCUUUAUGUGGAUCAUUUAUUUCAAAUUCAUCAAUUAUAUCUCAACAUGAUAAUAAUUUAAAUAAAACAAUUGAUUAUAAUCAAUAUUUAUUAUCUCAAUCACAUGCUUUUCCACCUGAUGAACCAUUAUUAUCAUCAACUGUUUAUAAUCGUUUAUCAUCAUCAAUACCAACACAAACAUUUCAAACACAAAAUCGUGCUGGUUUAUAUCAAUUAUGUUCUAAUGGACGUUAUAUUAUAGCUGAUGAUUGGUGUCAAACAUAUAAAGGUCAUCGUUUAUCACAAUUUAUGCGUUGUCUUACUAUAUAUAAUCAAUAUGAAGAACAAUGUUUAUUAAUGUUACCAGAAUUUAAUACAAUGACACAAAUGGAUUCUGUUCAAAGUAUGACAUGGCAUGAACAAUUACAAGUUUUUCUUUUUAUUACUUAUCAUCGUGUAUAUCAAUGUGAACCAGAAAGUGGUACAAUAAAUCAAAUAAGUGAAUAUGAAGUUCCAUCAUCAAGACAUAGUUUAGCUCAUAUUGCUUGUGAUCAACAAUCAUAUGUAUUUCUUGCAUAUGAAUAUCCAGCUGCAAGUCUUGAUUUAUGGUAUAUAUCAACAAUAGCAACAUGGUCACUUUUAAAACGAUGGACACCAAGAGAAUUAUUUCCACCACCGAUAUAUAAUGAUGAAGAUGAACAAAAUCAUCAAGAAAAUUAUGAUCAAGAAUCUGGUGUUUGUGGUAUUGCAUCAAUGCGUUAUGCAAAUGGAAUAUUACAUUUUUUAGCUCGACAUGAACGUCAUUGGUGUCUUCAUUUAUUUUCAAUAAAUAUAAAUGAAAAAUAUCAAAAACUUAUUCCACAACGACGUAUUGAUAUUGAUUUAACACAUCUUCGUUUUGCUGGUGAAAAUUUUCAAAUGGAAGUUUUACCAGGUGAACAAGGUUGGUUAUUUGCUAUACGAAGACCAUAUCUUGUUCAUUUACAUUAUAAUGGAAAAGAUGCACAAAAAUUAUCAUUACCAACAUCAAAACGUUGUGCAGAUUCAAUUUAUAAUGUUUGUAUUAUGGAUGAACGAGGUAAAAGACGUGAAAAUGGAAAACAUUUAGUUGUACGAGAUGUGAAUUCAAUUCGAUUCUAUAAACUAUAG